ACAUUUUUAUGCGUCAUUUCGUGUGGUGUAUUGUUUGAGUGCGAUUCUUUCGCGGAAGAUUAUUUCGUUUUCAUAGAAGCACACACAAAUUUAGUUAAAUUAAAAGGUUGCUUAUAUGUUAGAAAGAUUGAAAAGUAAACAAAACAAAUUCGGGGCGAGUGGAAUUUAGAUAGUGAUUUCAAAGAUAUGAUGCACAAUUCGGAAUUGAAGCUCAAGCGAGGUGUGCAAAACAUUUUGUAAAUUCAUGAAGUGAUUGGUGUCUGGCAAAAGUGCACACAUACAAACAUAUGUGUGUAGAUGUACGUAUGCAUGUACAUAUGUAUGUCUGUAUGUGUAUAACCGUUUAUUAUGUUGAAAAGCCAAGAAAGUGAAUUACUUUUACAAAAUAUCGCGACAGUUAUGUAUCUAUAGAAAUAUAAAUAUACUCACACAUUAGAUUCAUUAAGUCCAUGUAACCAAAACAGUGUGAUUGGUGAAAACAAUCAUUUAUAGCAAUAAACAAAUAAAAUGAUAAAUAAGAAAAUCUAUUGUUAAGAGUAAAUCAAUAUUAAAAUUAAAUAUAAAUAUGUGUCUAUAUACGUGUAUGCCAAAAAAUGCUUAGUAUUUAUGAAAGCUUAUAAAAAUUUGAAAAUUACUUGUGAAAAAAAUUUGUUUAUUCGGCAAUUUAUUUAUUAUUAUUAUUCGUGUUUUUGGGGAAAGCAAGAUUAAUUAUAAGAAAACAAAAAUUUGCGGAAGUGUUUUAAAGAGUUGAUUAUAAUUAACUGUGCUCUCAAAAAAAGCACUUUCAGAGAAGUGGAAACGCACAUAUCAAAAUUAUAUUUACACACAGUAUAAUUGAGCUACCUAUCGGCUUGACGUACUAUAUACAUAUCCAAAAGUCUCAAAACUUAAUGGCUUUGACGGUUUGCUAUUUUGCAUUUCCGUCGCUUUAAACGUGAGCCGUUAUAAAUUAGCAGUGUUGCACAAAAACAACUAACAACUGUUUGUGAGAAAAAAAAGAAUAUUACGAAGACGAGGAAGAAGAAGACAAAGAAGAAUAAGACGCAGAAAAGGCCAAUGCAAUUUACAAUCACUAUUAUAGUAAUGACAAGAUGUCAAAUGCAGUUGCAGAUAGCAACAAAAGCAAUAAUAACAAGAGGAUUGACAGCAAAACAUUUUAAUUGAAAAUCCAGAGAGAAUGCUGUUUAUAAACACAACAACAGAAACAACUAAAUAAGAGAUAAAACUAACAAAACAAAAAUAAAAAUAAAACAAAAUAGGGCAAAAUUGCGCCAGCAUGCUAACACACAUGCUGAGAGGUUAAGUACUUCUUGGGCGUUUAUUUGGAGGUUAGGUGGCUUGGAACACAUAUCACUGCCCACAGAAACCUCGGGUGCACAUCAAACCUACACUCGAUGAUUCAUCAGAGUUCUCGAAUAAUUUUUAUAACUUGUUGUUGCCUGUAAGCAUUGUAGUGGCCUACAGUAGGGGCAACAACAGCGUUUACUACAAACUCAAUUCCAUAGACUGGGCAAAAAGCACUGGGCCAUACAUACCGCAGCCAACACUUCGAUGGGUAAGACGUGCCCUACGCCCAGCCUUAAUUCGAGCAUCUCGAACUCCGUCAUAACGAAUGCGAGCAGCAACCACAAUCAUCAUCAUCAGCAACACCAACAACAUCACCAGCACCAGCACCACCAUCAGCAUCAUCAUCAGUCUGUGCCGCUGCCACCACCUCCACCGCCGCAACCGAUACCACCGCAACAGCAUCAGCAGCAGCAGCAACAACAACAACAACGCUUUCCACAGAAAUACAUGAAUUCGAAGCGUAAACAUGCCAACAAUUACCACAACAUGCUGAUGCAUCCGGGCGCACAUCUGGAUCACAACAAUUACUUGCAUUUGAAUUCGUUGUGGUCCAUCUGGUAUGGUGUUUUGCUGACGCUAUUUCAGGGCUAUUUGGCCGUGCAUGGUGCCUAUCGAUUUCUCGGAUGUUCGCUGAUAACGUGGAAAAUUGAGCCAGUCGCUGAAUUGAAUCUGCAAAUUGUGCUUUCCGGCGUUGUCUUCAUUUUGCUACCGUUCUUCUUUGCUUCGGCUGUUUUUAAGGUGGGAAACUUGGCUAACGAUGGCAUCAAAUUGGCGACUGGUUCGAAAGAGCGCCGCUGCUCCAUGUCACCACAUGACGGUUUAGAGGAGGAGGCACGCGGUGGUACUCUACGCGCACUGUGGACACAUGGCGGCCCAACAUCGGCUUUUGUACACAUUGUGAUCGCUGUGUGUUUGCUGUUGCCGCGUCUGCUCUUGGAGGCUAGAAUAAUUGAAAACGGACUACUGCCAAGAGAGAAUAUUUGGCAAACGGAGCUCGACUUUAUUGCGGUCAAUCGUCGUAAUUUAGUUGUGCUUUCGGUGGUUACAGCACCCUACCAAAAUGGUACAGGCAUCCACGGCGACGUCAGCAACAGUCUGGAGGACGACCAAGACGAUGACUACUACAACGAUACGAUGUUUACGGCUGUUGGUGCUGGCGCUGCAGGAACCGACAUAAACAAUAAUAUGUUCGACAUGCUCACGAGUUCGAAGCAAGUUAAAUUCGGCAAUCGGAAGGCGGAAGCAAAAGCGAAGAGCAGCAACAAUAUAGGAGUGGAUUUCCGUGACGGCGGGAAGACAAGAUAUUUUGAAGUGCCCGAUUUAAUUAAUCAGAACAGCAAGGAAGAACGAAGAGACCAAGAGGAAGCAAAUAAUAAUGAUGAUGGUGUUGCUGAUGUUGAUACAAACCGCAAGAACAACAAUAAAUUUGACUUCAAUGAAGGAACUGAUAUUUAUGAUGGUAGAGGUGCCGAAGGAGGUGGCGUUUUCGCAGGCGGUGGUGAAGGAGAGGGCGAGAGCGAAGGACGCAUUUUCGUUGAACAUUUGGAUACAAAGGAUAUUUGGAGUGGCAAAGCGGUUGACAUACCACAAACGGUAACCGCAAAAACCAGCACAACAACAACUGCAAGGAAUUCGGUAAAUUUAAUAACCGAGAAGAGCAACAACAAUAACAACAAGAAUUAUGAUCAAAUGUGGGACAAGUUGGGCACGCUUGGCAAGUCAAACAGCCUUGACGUUGCAGCGUCGGACAUUGAGGCAGCACUGACGACAAUUAAAACAACAACAACAACUAAUAGCCAAGAACAAAACUCAUCUGUCAAAAUUACCAGCAGUGUGCGACCGAAAACAACAACUACAAAUGCCUCCAAUGAACUUGGAAAGACAAUAGGACGCGGCUUGGAUGCAACACUUGGAACCACUGCUGGCGCUACAACAACAGCGGCAACCACAAAAUACUUAAGCAGUGUGCCGGAGAGAACAAGUAACACGAAAUUUACAACAACAACAACAACACAAACCCCUAGCGUGAGCAACAAAAGCAGCAACAGAAACAACUACAAUGACAAUGAUAAUGAAGAUAUAUUAGUUGCCGUAAGUUCCACCACAACAACUGCCCCACCAGUGGCACACACCCAACCCACACGCACACACCAUCACCAUAACCAUAAGGAACAACCACAACAAGCCCACCACAACAGCACACAUUCGGCAAAAUCAUCGCGUAAACAUCACGGUCACAAUCGGCAACAUCAUCGUCAACGCGGCGGACAACAACACAACCGGCGCCACCACACCAACACCGCUGGCGGACGUUCCAGUGAGUCGACCGCAACACGCAACUCACGCCUCGACACAGGUCGUGCCGCUGUCGAUUUGCGGCCAUCCAACGCGUAUGGCAAUAACAAAGCUGCAGCAACUGAAAUCGAUUUAAAUCGGCUCGAUGAGUUGGAUUUGUCUGCGAGCACAAACUUUGAGCAAUCCAUAAAUUUGCCACGCGGACAAAACCGCGGCGAUUCAGCGGCGUCUUUUGAAACAGAUGCGCUCGAUUACGACGCACGCCGCAACUACGGCAAAUCAACAGCAACCAUUAGCACGACAACACGUGACAGCAAUAUUCAUAUCGUUAAGCCCGAGAAGUUGCCAGAGAUUAUACCCUCCACGCCAUUAACAAGCAAUUCGAAAAUUAUCGAAAUCAAAACCAAAAGCGGCAGCGGCAGCGGCAGUAAAAGUGCCAGCAACGGAAAUAUUGUGAAGCGCAUCAAGCGUAUGGCCGACGAGGAGAUGCAGGUAGAAAUCGAGCCGGAAUACCUGGUGGGUGAAUUAGCUGGCAAUGAUUCGAGCGAGUAUAUGGCAGCACCCUCAUCUGUGGACGGUUCCGCUACAUCUGCAAUAUCUUCGAAGUCAUCAGCUGGCAGCAGCAUCGCAACCGCACAGCAGCCACCACAAACGAGUCUGGUGCGCCUCGAUGGUUUUGCCGGCAUGCUACAAAUCUUUUUCGGCAUUGAGAAGCCCAUCGAUAUGUCGGUGUUCGACCACCCGCCAAGCGCUGAGUUUGUGAAUCUUGUCUUUGCGCUGCUCGUCUGGUGUGUACGUUAUCCGGCUGUCUUUUGGACGACAACCAAAUCAUUCGCGACCAUCUUUAGCAUACAAAUGAUUGCUGUCGCUUUAGAUAUCACAUUUAGUUACAUUGGCGCUGCCAACUUAUACAAAUUGCAGGUGUACAGCGAGGCUAUGCCCAUCCAAAAUUCCGGCCUUAUUUUGAACGGUGUGGUAACGUUGGCACUGUUUCUACUCUCGUCCGUGCUGAUGAUUGCCUCAUCGAUGAUUAUGUAUUUGUAUGGGCACGGCAGGUUGGCGGCGAAAAUGCGUGAUCGCUCAUUAAUCACAAUGAAAUCGAGUGAAACGUGGAUUUAUUUUGCGCACUGUGCGUCGCUCUGCUACGUUUUAGCAUUAGCUGUGGUAAAGGCGCCACUUUUGAAUGACCUCAGUGUCACGUAUAGGAAUAACUUACACUGCCCGACAUUUUUUUCAGCUCUUAUCAGCGUCGUACAUCUCUUAUUGUGGAUUGUCAUUUGGCUGGGCUUAACAGCCAAACGUCGUUGGACCUUCAAGUUGCCACCAAUGGAUGCCUAUGGUAUCACAAAAGCUACGACACAACCGUUAUUGAUGGCGAAUCGCAGUAGUUUGCCCAGCGCUGGCAGCGUUAGCGGCAGCGGCAGUAAUAUGGGCAGCUCAGAGCAGAAGAGCUCAUCCAUGAUGAGUAGCGGUGGAAUGGGUGGUGGUCGUGGUGGCAAAUUGAGCACUGAGUCCAGCACCGAUGGCGGCGGCGAUGAUGUAUACUGGCCAAAAUUGACACCAAGUUCACCGAAAUUGAAGGUCACCUUCAAUGAAGUACCGAGUACGUCAGAUGAUGUCCUACUAAUUGGUGACCAUGAACAAAACGAUGGCAAGCGCCAUUCGCCCCGUGGAACCGCGAUAUGUUUUGCCAGUGUUGCGGGGGAAAUUGACGACGGAGAAUAUGCGACACUAAGAACUGCCAGCGCUGCCACCAUGGCAGGCAUCACCGUUACCAGUAUGAGCAGCAGCAGCAGCACCAGCCACAGCAGAACAACAGGCAAGAGCAACAUUGACCCCGUCAUGACGAUCGGCUGUGGCAAUGAGACACAUGUUGGCGGCCUCACCAACAACCACAGCACAACUCCCACCGGUGCGCAUGGCAUGAAGCUUUUACAACUCAGCGAAUACGAUGAGCUGCCACCGCCACCACCACAACUAAUGCCAACUAGUGGUGGCAAUCACUCAACAGCCGUUUGUGCAGAUUAUACCAACUACGUUGGUGGUGGUGGUGGUGUUGUCACUGACCCUGAUGGUAGUAACUAUAACAACACUGCCGGCAGUGGUAGCUUCGGUGAUGACAGCGCCUCGGAGGAGGGCAAACUAUUGGCUUGUGUGCGUGAUGAUAGCGUGACAUAUGCGUCGACUCGCGAUUUGGAGCCGCCAACGGCAACUACACUGCCGCCUCCACCGCCACCAAAGCAUGCCACAGAUCAGCAGCCCACCGGCACUAGCUGUGCUAAUAUGAACAGCAGUGUCGCUAAUGGUUUAGCAGAGAUGAAUAGGAGUAGUGGCGGUGCUGGUGGUGGUAGUGAUGUCGCUAGUGCUACCAUUGCAGGCCGUGCUCCCCAAGCUAUACCGGAGAAUAUGCAAUUGUCUUCGUCGCCGGAGCAUCUAGUCAGCCCAUUGGCACCGGUGACGGUCACCGUGCACACCAACGAAGCACAUAUCGCCUCCAGCUCAACACCGCGUUGCUUGCGUCGCGCCGAUUCGGGUGUACCAAACGAAGCGCUCACACCGCGCAGCGACACCACCUCCACCACAGAGAGCACCACAUCGCCGCCCGAACGCGCUCCAUCCGAAUCGUCGAGUGGCGUGCAUUCGGGCGAAGAACGUGACAUCGAAGUGGUCAUACGACCACGUUCCGCCUGCAAGCCACCACCCAAGCCGCCACAACCGCCCAUACAGGAGGAACCCUACGGACGUUGCACCAACAUGCGCAUGUCCAGCUUUGGUGGCGAUGCAAUCGGGGCGGCUGGCCGCGCACUCAACAGCGCCACCCUGCCACUGACACGCUCGGCGCCCGAACAGAAAUUCGAUUAUGCCAAUCAUUGCAGCACAAUGCCAUUACCGGCGGCUUGUCAUAGUCAACAGCAAGCGGCGCAGGCUGUACGCGGCAGCGGCAACUACGGCAUGACCACAUCUGCAUAUUCGAUGCAUUCACAACCACCGCUGCCGCUGCCGCCGCCACCGCCUCCACAGCAUAGCGGCCUAAGCAGUUUUCGUUCGCAAUAUGCCAACUCAGCGGUGGCGAUGGCCGGUGUGAAUGUAGCGCGAAUGCAACAACAACAACACCAGCAACAGCAUGAACCGCAGCAACAGUACUCAGCGCCACAGUCAAUAUCACCACCGCCGCCACCACCGCCCGUCGGCAUGCACACCACACUGCCGAACGGUGUGCGUUACUCAAAUCCGCAUUUCCUGCGCCGUCUGCCGCAUGUCACCAAAGCAGCUGAAUCGCCAUAUGGACAUUUGGGACUGGGCGCCGGCCAUCAUACCUUCUCCAAACUACUGCAGGAUCCACUACAACACAGUCUAGUCAAUACAGCCAUACCCGAAGAUCGUGACUCGGCCAACUACUCCAUGUCUUCGGAACAGGACUGCGGUAAUUUGUAUGCGACCGCGGAGUCGUACAACUAAAGCAGUAUUGCGUAAGCGAUUUUUGUCGAGCGGACAACGUCAUUGCAGCUGCAGCUCAACUGGUUAUACAUACAUACCCUGAAAUUUUGAUUAUGCGACAAACUAAAAGUUAUUUAAUAUAAAGAGCAGGCGCGUAAAAAUAAUACUAUCACGAAUUGUGUCUAACUAAAGUUUCGAAAUGGGUAAAAAAUAAAAUGUGUUUGUUUGCGCAUGCAGUGGGGAAAACAAUUAUAAAAGAAGAAAUUUUAAUGAUUAUGAAUUUUUAUAGUUUAACACGCCAACACUUCAUCCUUAGUGCUAAUUUCGGAAUACUUCGAAAUUAAAAAAAAAAAUUAAAAAAAAAAAAAUGUUGCCCAGACUCAGACACCAAUUUACUUGCAAUUUUUUUUCACAAAUUUGGUUGCUUUUGCAGUGGAAAUUAAUUAAAUAUUGGGUAGUCGAAAAAGUAUUUUCGUAUUUUGUCAAUGGAUAUCGUUGCAGUCGUAUAUAUAUCCAGAGCAACCAAUCACAUUGUGUCAUAUCAUAUACUCGUAGUGUUGGAAAGGUGAGAUUUUGGUUGCUUUUAAGUUUAAAUAACUUAAAAAAAGUUAAAUUCGGAGAAGUUGAAAAAAGUUUCAGCUGCUCAAAAAUGAGUGAAAAUAAUGAAGAAAUUCGCUUUAUUUUUAAAUUUUUGUAUAAAAAAUAGUUUGCUCUUUUACGUUCUGGAAAUUGCAAUGUGAAAGAUGCACUUCGCUCUAGUCGAUCUAUCUUUGGAAAAGUCGAUGAAAGCAGCCAUGACAUCGCUAAGAAACUUAACAUUCAUCAUCAAACGGUUUUCAACCAUUUAAAAAAGGUUGGCUACAAAAAGAAGCUUUAAUGGACCGAAUUAACAUAUGCGACUCUAUGCUGAAACUGGAGACGAAAAGUGGAUCAAAUACGACAAUAAUGUGCGAAAAAAAUCAUGGCCGAAGCGUGGUGAAUCUCAACAAAUGGUCCCAAAGCCAGGAUUGAUGCCUCGAAAGGUUAUGCUGAGUGUUAGGUGUGAUUGGAACGUGGUUGAACGAAUUUUUCCACAUUUUAUGUCACCAACUGAUGAGAUUGAAGGAAUCAAUCGAAAAAAGGGUAAGAACUAAUCAACAGAAAGGGAUUUGUCUUCCAUCAGGACAGCGUUAGACCACACGCAUCUUUGAUGAUUCGGCAAAAACUGGGAAAGCUUGGCUGGGAAAUUUUGAUCCACCAUAUAGCCCUGACCUUGCACCAUCAGACUACCAAUUGUUUUGGUCAAUGCAGAACUCCCUUAACGCAGGAAAGUUGGCUUCAAGAGAAGCCUGUGAAAAUUACUUGUCGAAAGUUUCCGCCGAGAAACCAGAAAAGUUUUACACUGAUGAAAACAUGUCUCUAGCAGAAAAGUGGCAAAAUUAAUUAUGUGGUCGACCAAAAUCGUACAUAUUUGGUUCAUUAAAAUUCAUUACAAAUGUAAAAAAAAAAAUAAGUUGAAGUUUGAUUAGAAAUAUGUAAAGACUUUUUUGACUACCCAAUAUUUCACUUAUUAGUUUAAAAUUUUGUUCGAAAGUAACGUUUUUUUAAUUACGCUUGGCAACUCUGUGUCUUAUAUUGAAGAAUUCAGCCCAAAUCUGGGUUAAAGACGAUCUUAUCGUGUCUUGGAUAAACGCUCAUAAGAUCUUAACUGCCGAAACAUACAUUUCGUCGCAAAAUGCUUUCAAGUUCAGAAGCUACAUUUUUUUAUCAUUAUAGCAUUCAUUAGAUGAAAACUUUAAAGCAAAAAAAAUCGAUUUAAGUGUUAUUUAGAAAACGAGUCAGCAUGAAAUUCAUGACCGAUUUUUUAACACAUAUUUUAUUUUUUCCCCAUUUCAUAGAACCCACGCAAAAAAAAUUAUUAAAAGCGGCCAUAUACUGAAACUGAAAAUCACACAAAUUAUAUAAAAAAAAAUUAAUUAAGUGAAAUAAUUUACAAUAAUUGAAUACUAUAAAACAGCUAAAUACAUUUACAUUUACCGAGAAAAUAAAAAAUAAUUACGCCUUGGUGGCACUCGCAUCUCUCCCCGCCUAUUGUAAAAACUAUUCAUAAUGAAUAAGAAUAAGUUUAGACUAUUUUUUAGCAAUGCGCACUUUAAGUUUAUAUUAAACUAAAUUCAAAGUAAAAUACAAUAAUAAAAUAAAUAAUUAAAGUACAUAUUAAGAAAUAGCAAGCUAAAUUUAAGAUGUGCUAAGUUAAAGCAGAAAUUAAGCGAUAACUUUUGAAAACCUACAACAAAGUCUAACAUUUGUUUGUACAAGUAAAGGAAAACUUGUGCGAGUAUGCAAAUAACGGCACUUGCAUAUAUGUGUGUGUGUGAAGUAAAGAGAGAAAAAAACCUGAAAUAAAUUACACGCAUACAACAUUUCAUAACCCACGUCCGCGUCUCAUUUAUUUAGCAUGCUUUUAGGCGUCAUAGUAAGCACGCCAAAUACCCUUACAUAUACACACAUUUAUGAGCAGACCUCGUACGCUACUUAUUGUAAACUACUUCCAUUAACAAUAUUAUAUAUUUACAACAACAUAUACAUAUAAGCAUACAUACAUAUAAAUAUAUAAUAUGAAUAAGUGAUUAAAUUAAUAAUACAUAUUUAAUAAAAACAAAAAAAUAUAAUAAUAAUAAAAUAAUAAAAAUAAAUAAAUAAAUUACUAAAAUAAAACAAUUGACAGCAACAACAAUGCAUAUAUAUUUGUAAGUUUUUAUGUAUGCAUGAUAUAUACAUACAUACAUACAUACAUAAAUUCAAACAUACAUAUACACGUAUAUUUAUAAAUGGCUGCUUUUAAAUGUUAAUACGCAUAGUAAAUAAUACUAAACGCAUCACUACUAAAUUAAUGCUAAUUAGCAUUAACCGUUCAAUGACUCGCAUUUUUUAAUUUUAUAAUUCAUUAUAUUUUCUGUAAAUGUACUGCAUUUAAGUACAUACAUACUUAUAUAUUUAUAUAUACAUACUUAGUGUUUAAGCACAAAAAUAAAUAAUAAUAAACUGCGUAUAAGUGGAUAAAUAUAUUUAUACAUAAACAUAUAUUUUGGUGUGUUGUGUUGAUUAUAGCUUUCGUACAUACAUAUGUAUUUUUGUUAACAUUGCAUACAUACAUAAGUAGUAAGCUUUUUUAGACGUCAUUAGAUUGAUUAAGCUAAUUACAAUUAAAUACAUGCGUACAAAAAUGCACACAGGCACAAACGUGCAUGUGUGUGUGUGAAUGUGCAUGUAAAACACGUACUACAAUACAUAUAAAUAUGACAAUUUAAUUAUAUAAAAGCAAAAGUGCUAACAGCAAAAAUAUCAUAUUGUAUAAGUACCAUACAUGAAACUAUUCAUUAAAAAUUGGCAUUAAAAAUUUUGAUAUACAAUAAAAACGAUUUUUUUUUUUAUUUGAAACUUAAUUUUUAUAACACAAAAAUAAAUGUUUUUUUCUUGGAAAUAAAUUGCAAUUUUUAUUGUCAAGUCUAACUGAAAUGAAUUCAAAUUUUAUACAUACAUACAUAUUGCUGUGCUGUUAGUGUUGGGACUAAUGUGAAACUCGUUGAGUGCGAAGCAUAUAGAUUGGCCUAAAAGUGAAAAUACAUAGCUUUUCUGUACUGAAGUCUACAUUAUUAAUGUCUAUCGAAUCACUUAAAGACUUAUUCGAAUACUGUAAACGCAACUUUUUCCAAGAAUUUGUGACAAUUAAUAAACUUACUAUGAAUAUGAA